UUCAUCUCGCGAGGAGUGCGCGCGGUCUGUCUGCCGUCACACAGUCAUGAUGGCCGCCGUCCGUCGCUUUCUGGGUCUUCGGAGCAAGUUCACCAGCUCUGCAAACGGGUUAAACAUUUACUUUAACAGCAGACGUUCACCGAGGGAAAGAGCAGCUCUGAGACGCGUAGGGACAGGGCUUUGUAUCACUCUCGGCGGGUUCGCCUUUGUUUACUACCAGCACAGUUCGAGUUCGGAUCGGAGACGCGCAGCGAGUCUGCGCGCAUUGAUUUCCCCGCUCCCAGCAGUGGCUGCAAAAGAGAAGGCCAGUGUAUCUGCUGAAGAUGAGGUGUCGUUGUCUGCACACGAGCACAGGUUCAGGCUUUUCAGCUCAGUGGAAUUUGAUGGACAGCUCUACAUGACUCCCCUUGACUUCAUUGAGUCCGUCACUAUGAGCGAACCAAAGAAAAAGAGGUUUUGGAAAUUUCUCACAAAACAGGAACUCGACAAGAUGCUGUCAGAUACGCCACCUGUUUGGAAAGGAUCGUCCCGCCUGUUCCGUAACCUGCGGGAAAGAGGUCUCAUCGCUUACACAGAGUAUCUGUUUCUGCUCUGUAUUUUGACAAAGCCGCAUGCUGGUUUUAAAAUAGCUUUCAACAUGUUCGAUGCGGACGGCAAUCAAAUGGUGGAUAAGAGGGAGUUCAUGGUGCUGGAGGAGAUAUUUCGUAAGAAAAAUGAAAAGAGAAAGGAGCAAGAAGGAGAUGCUGAGAGUUCAUCUCAACUGGUACUUAAAAAAGAGCAGCCUCAGUGUGAGCCCAGAAGUUUCUGGGAUGUUCUAAAGCUUGGUGCAAGAAUAGUUCUCUUUUCAGAUCUGAUGGAGCACGUUCCAGAAAAUGUCACAGACACAACUCUGCUGGUGCAUUUCUUUGGAAGAAAGGGCAAAAGUGAACUUAACUUUGAUGACUUCUACAGAUUCAUGGACAACCUGCAGACAGAAGUGCUUGAGAUUGAGUUCCUCAGUUAUUCCAAGGGAAUGACCACCAUCAGCGAGGAGGACUUUGCUCGGAUCUUACUGCGCUACACCACUGUAGAGAACAUCACAGGCUACCUGGAGAACGUGCAUCAAAGCAUACCUGAUGAGAAGGGAAUCACUUUUGAAGAGUUUAGGUCCUUUUUUCAGUUCCUCAACAACUUGGAGGAUUUUGCCAUUGCCAUGCAAAUGUACAACUAUGCAAAUCGCCCAAUUGGACAAGAUGAGUUUGGUCGUGCCGUUUAUGUGGCCACAGGCCUGAAACUCUCCCGACACCUUGUGAACACUAUUUUCAAGAUCUUUGAUGUGGACCAUGAUGACCAGCUGAGCUACAAGGAGUUUAUUGGGAUAAUGAAGGACCGGCUGCAUCGUGGCUCUUGGGGAUAUAAGGGUGAAGAGAGAUUCACAUCCUUUAAAGGCUGUAUGAAGAAGGAGCUCAGUGCUAAAUAGAUAAACAUCCCACUGGGGGUUUCUCUUCAGCCUCACGUCGCAGCGAAGAAAUCUGACGUUGGAUUAAAGUUCUCAGUGACUCAAAUGCAAUUAUCUACCUGACCUGUGUCCAACUCUGUAAGAUACAAGUACUGCCGCUAUUAGAUUAACACAUGCUACCUCUCUGGACUAUAGUUACAGCUUUGUCACUUGGCAGGCACUUUCUGAACUCUAUAAAAGCCAUUAACCUUAAGGGAUAACACUUUAAUGAAAUAGCCAUGAUACUUUUAUUAAUCAGAGUUAUUUAUUGACAGUCUUUUAAAUUCGUAAAUUAAUGAUUUUCAGAGUAACAUCUUUAUUAAUGAUAUAUUACUUUAUAAAUUGAACAUUUUUCUAAAUUUAAAGCAAGACACUGCAGGGAAAAGACAGUUUUUGUCCAUUUUUGAAGUUUUUUCAUUCUAAUGUAAACUAAACUAAAACAAUACACUUUUUUUAUUUCUUUUAUUGCUUUUUAGCAAUUUGUGUCUGUAGAUUUAAUUUAUAGUACACAUUUUUCACCCGUAUGAAGCCAUAAAUAUUCAUUUCAGCAGCUUUUACUGUACAUACACCAUACUUUUUCAGUUUUAUUUAUAUCUGUAUUCUGUAUUAAAACAAUAAAUUAAACUAUUAUUAAUUAAUUAAUUAAUUAAUUAAUUUGUUUAUUUAUUAAUUAUUUUUUAUUUACUGGCUGUUCCCAGUAUUUAAAGUGAUAAAACAUUAGACUCUAAUAUGGCAAAAACAUAUGACAAAUGACCAUUUUGAACCUGAACCAUUGAACAUCCAGUGUUUUCAGAUUCUUGUGCUAGAAAUGUAUGCAAAUUAGCACACAAAUUAUGCCUCAUUUGCAUAUUUAAACAUUUUAGAAGGCUUUUAAUACAAAAAAAAAUUAAGUUGAAAAAUACUUGUAAUCAUGAUAAUACCGAUUAGUUUUUUUUUACCCUGAUGUACACAUGCAGUGUCCUGCUUUAAAGAAACUAACUAAGAGUGAAAUAGAUAAUGGUGUGUACAGUUAUUUAUUCUAUUUAUUGAUCUAUUUUGUAUAAGGAAAACGUUCGUUUGGGGUUUUGAUGCCUCUUUAUUGCUGAAUUGGCAGCGUAUUGUUGUAUUUGCUACUCUAGGAGUUAUAAGCCAGAUAAUCUUUGGUUACAACGAGCACAUUGCUAACAUAGUUUGUGUGAGUUUGUCCAGUGUCCAGCAGCGGAUCAGCUUACAGCGGCUCUGACAGUGCUGAGUGCACAGAGCAAUAAUGAGACCUCAGUAAUCUCACAAUGUGCUACACAUACAGAUCCCUCUCUCCAGCUCACACACUCCUUUAACUAAUAUCCUGCGUGUGUGAAGACAAAACAACAGAAUAGUGGAAACUGAAUAUCAUAUCAUACAUUCUCAGAAAUAAAGGUACACAAGCUGUCACUGGGGUGGUACCUUUUCAAAAGGUACAAAUUAGUACCUUAAAGGUCCAUAUUAAUACCUCAAGGGUACAUAUUAGUACCUUAAAAGUACAAAAGUGUUCCUCUUAAAAUUUGUAGGUACUAAUAUAUACCUUUGAGGUACCAAUAUGGACCCUUCAAGUACAAAUGUGUACCUUUUGAAAAGGUACCACCCCAGUGACAACUUGCAUACUUUUAUUUUUGAGAGUGUAUAGGGAUUUGAUACCUUUGAUAAUCAUAUUGUACUGAAAGAUUAUUCUUCCACGCAUUGGGUAAAAAAAUUAAAAAGUAUUGCAACAUUUAUUAGAUGAUUCUGACCUUAUGGAGAAAAAAAAAAGACUCAAUCACAAAACAAAUGAACUACAAUUUUUUUAAUAUUUAUCAGUAAACAGAUCACAUUGCACCAUUUAUUUAAGUAUUUUCUUCCCAAAUGUUUUACAUGUGAAAUAGAAACUCCUACAAAUGCCUGUAAUACCCAGCCAUAAAAAUACAUGAACACAUGCGAUCCAGAGAACAACUAUUGUAAGAUAUUAACAUAAAAUGUUCCAAAAUAACAUUGCAGUUUACAAUUUCCAGAAAAAAAACUUUAAAAUGUAUCCUGCAAUUCUGACUUUUUUGUUUCUGAGAAGAAAAGUUUAAUUAUUGUGUUGAAAAAGUGUCAGUUACUAUACUGAGUAUCAUGUAAAGAAAUAGCAUAUAUAAUGUAUAUUGACUGUGCUUGAGACUUUUCAUUGACUCUCUUGUUUUAUUCUUAUAGGUGAUUAAGGUUAAGUUUCCACAUAUUACACUGUAUUAUUUAUUGUAAUUGCCUUGAGCAAAAAGCAACAGGAGAUCAGAGCUUGUUGUUUCUUUACUCUAGUGAAUAUAUACAUCAUUUAUGUAUUUUUAAGUUAACAUCUGAACAUAUGGAUAUUUUAAAGCCUUGGAUUCUUGACUUUUUAAUGUCCACCUUUUUAAACCAGAAAAUACAAUGAAUUUUAUUAAACAUACUAGCAGGGGAAGUUGUUCUAAUGGAAUGUUUAUUUUUUUCCUUUUAUUAAUAUUUAAGACUGAACUAACAAGCAUUUGAUCUUCUACUACAUUAUAAUAUUACCUUCUGUGAGAACCGUGUCAAGCUCCAGUCUCGUACAGAUUAUAGACUCUUUUAGAUGUUUAUUUCAUUAGCUUUUAUCUGGAGCUUAAGACCAUCUGUUUACAUAUUGCAAGUUGUGAAGUACUUUUCAUGCAUUUGUAUUCAUAUUGCUUAGUUUCAAUAAACUAGGAUACGCAAGCA